AUUCGGGAAAGGAUUCAGGUCAAUGACCAACCAAAAGUAGGGAGCUCUCUGUGAAAUGCUUCUUUGAGGUGUGGGAUCAACUGUCUUCUCAGGAUUUGCAGGUGGCGGAGGGCAAGGAGAAAUGGCCUUGCUUUCUCCCGCAUUCAGCACUAGUGGCAUUUCACACCUUCAUUAGGGAAGAGAUUGAGGCAGCAAUCAUUGAGACGGAUCAUGGCGGAGUAUGUGAUGCUAUGAAUUUUCUUGAUAAACUCGUCAUCACUGGUAUUACUACCAUCGGACUGGAUUAUAUUGCGCGACUCGGUCUCUCCGUCGAAAAUGUGCCCUGGCAUAAAGCAGAAAUUUUCAAAUCGGGUGCGCCUGCUUUCUCCUCAUCUCAAGAUCAAGUAGUUGUUUCAAUACUAUAUGCCCGAGCCGCAGAGAAAGGGGGUGUG